GUCAGUUGGCUGUUUUUGCAGCUCUGCUGUGCUGGGAGGAAUAUUUCUCAUCAUAAUUUCCUCUAGUUCAUCAGGACCAGUCCAUAGCUGAACACUCAAUAAGGAAGAUUUACUUCAAAGCCAGCAACCUUGCCAGUUCUACAUCAUUAGGGUCAGAGGUGAAACCAUGAAGGUGUUGCCGGGUGUCUUCGUUCACACUGUGGUGCUUCUACUCUCCACAGUGAGAUGUACUGCAGUUCUACCAGACUUGAAAAUCACAACAAUCAAGCAAGAUCCAUACACCAUGUCCAAAGGUUCUCAGCUGGAAGGUUACUGCAUGGACCUGCUAUCGGAAUUGGCCAAAAAACUGGGCUUUGAAUACAACGUGCACCUGGUGAAAGACGGCUCCUACGGCAGGCAGGAUGAGAGUGGAGCCUGGAACGGGAUGGUCGGAGAGGUUGUCAGGGGGGAGGCAGACCUGGCCAUUGCUCCCCUGACCCUCACUGCUGCCCGGGAGAAGGCUGUGGGGAUGACCAAGCCCUUCAUGCAGACAGGCAUCAGCAUCCUGCUGAGGAAAGACAUUGCAGAGGAGGCUGGCUUCUUUGAAUUCCUGACCCCCUUCUCCGUAGAGACCUGGGUGGGGAUCCUCACUGCGUACCUGGGGACUGCUAUCUGCAUUUGGGUAGUAGCAAGUCUUUUCCAACACAGGCUUAGCCCGUUCGAGUGGAGUCAACCACAGACUGAGGAGAACCACUUCACGUUCAGUCACAGCCUGUGGUUCACAGCUGGUGCCCUCACUCUACAGGGUGCCGGGCCACACCCCAAAGCUUUAUCAGGACGCAUUGUUUGCUGUACCUGGUGGUUGUUUGGUCUGGUCCUUCUGGCAUGCUAUUUUUCCAACCUCAACACCUCCCAGGUCUCAGGCUCCAAUCAGCUGAUGGUGAAAGGCUUUGAGGAUUUGGUCAAUCAGCAAAGGAUUGAGUAUGGGACGCUUUCUGGGUCCUCCACACUUGCCUUCUUCAAGAACUCCAAUAACCCAACCUACCGCCGGAUCUAUGAGCACAUGAACACAGCCAAGAGUUUUGUGUCGUCAAUGGAUGAGGGAGUUCGCAGGGCAAAGGAGGGCAACUUCGCCUUCAUCGGAGAGUCUGUGUCGCUGGACUUGGCGGUGGCGCGUCACUGUGAGCUGGUCCGUGUCCACGAGGUCAUUUGCAUGAGAGGGUACAGCAUCGCCGGGACCCUGGGCUCUCCCAUGCUCAAGAACCUGAGUGUGGCUAUCCUGCAGCUUAGCGAGGCAGGGGAGCUGGCCUACCUGCGCAGUAAGUGGUGGGCCAGUAGCUGCGUGGCAGACCCAGCCAAGGCCUCUGCUCUGCAGCCCCACAGCCUGAAGGGCAUAUUCCUGGUGCUGGCCAUGGGCCUGGGCCUGGGGCUGCUGCUGGCCAUCCUGGAACUCACCGCCAAGUCUCGGAGCAGAGCUGGGGACCAGAGGAAAUCUUGUUGCACAGUGUUGUCUGAAGAACUGAGUCAGCGCCUGAGAACAAACAACACCGACCAUGAGAAGAGAAGCCAGGAAACCACGGACAAAGACAAAGCAUAAGAUGCAUGAGCAGCCUUACAAAGGAAAAUUCACUAUCCAGGUCUUGACGUAUGUUUUGUUUGAGAUACUUAUGUGAACAUUAGAGAGGCUGUGUAAUACUUCCAGACAGUUAUGUAUUUGUUAAUUAACAGAGAACAAAGAAAGUACUGAACAGUGAAUUGCUGGAAAUUAACAAUACUACAGUAUAAUCUUUUUCUUUUUUUUUACCAGAUAACAGAACAUUUUAUUGAGAAAAACAUUUAUAUUUACUGUUACAAAUCAUUUACUGUGUUCUGAUCUAGAAGUACAGAAAUAGAAGCAAACUUAAGUCCAACUGAAUCUAUAAAUUAUAUCAAUCAAUACUUUGGAUCAGCUCCAAUAAUAAAUAUUCAUAUUAUACUGUUAU